AUGGGUCAAUCACGACGCCCCGUAGGCGGGGAGAAGAAAAGUCGCUUUGGGCGCUCCAAAGCGGUCGCCGACGUGGGCGAUGGUCGACAAGCGGGCAAGCCGCAGGUCAAGAAAGCCACCUUCGAGAGCACCAAGAAGAAGGAGAUUGGCGUGUCGGACCUCACCCUGCUCAGCAAGAUCUCCAACGAAGCCAUUAACGAAAAUCUGAAGCUGCGGUUCGACCAUGACGAGAUUUAUACCUAUAUUGGCCAUGUCUUGGUCUCGGUCAACCCGUUCCGCGACUUGGGCAUCUACUCCGAUAAGGUCCUCGAGUCGUACCGGGGCAAGAACCGUCUCGAAGUCCCUCCCCAUGUCUUCGGUGUCGCCGAAUCCGCAUACUACAACAUGAAAUCCUACAAGGACAACCAAUGUGUCAUCAUUUCGGGCGAGUCGGGUGCCGGCAAGACGGAGGCGGCCAAGCGUAUCAUGCAGUACAUCGCCAGUGUCUCAGGUGGCACCGACUCGUCGAUUCAGCAGACAAAGGACAUGGUGCUGGCCACAAACCCUCUGCUGGAGUCGUUCGGCAAUGCGAAAACGCUGCGCAACAACAAUUCAUCACGGUUCGGAAAGUACCUGGAAUUGGAGUUCAACGCCAACGGUGAGCCCGUGGGAGCCAACAUUACGAAUUAUCUGCUGGAAAAAUCAAGAGUCGUGGGGCAGAUCACCAACGAGCGAAACUUUCAUAUUUUUUAUCAGUUCGCCAAGGGCGCGCCGCAGAAGUAUCGCGACAGUUUUGGUGUCCAGCAGCCGCAGUCGUAUCUCUACACCAGCCGCUCCAAGUGUUACGAUGUGCCCGGAGUCGACGAUGUCUCCGAGUUCCAGGAUACAUUGGAUGCGAUGCGGGUGAUUGGUAUGAGCGAGGCAGAACAGGACAAUGUGUUCCGCAUGCUGGCGACCAUUUUGUGGAUUGGAAACAUCCAGUUCUCCGAGGACGACUCUGGAAACGCCGCUAUCACCGAUCAGUCCGUGGUCGAUUUCGUUGCCUAUCUGCUGGAGGUCGAUUCUGGCCAGGUGAACAAGGCGUUGACAAUUCGAUUGAUGGAGACUGCUCGAGGAGGCCGCAGAGGCUCCAUCUAUGAGGUGCCCCUUAACACGGUCCAGGCUGUCGCGGUUCGGGAUGCCUUGUCUAAAGCGAUUUACUUCAACCUCUUCGAUUGGAUUGUGGGACGUGUCAAUCAAUCAUUGACUGCUCGUGGAUCUGUGACCAACUCGAUUGGUAUUCUGGAUAUCUACGGAUUCGAGAUUUUCGAAAAGAACUCCUUUGAGCAGCUCUGCAUCAACUAUGUCAACGAAAAACUUCAGCAGAUUUUCAUUCAGUUGACGCUGAAGGCGGAGCAGGAUGAAUAUGCUCGCGAAGAAAUCAAGUGGACACCGAUCAAGUACUUCGACAACAAGGUGGUGUGCUCGUUGAUUGAGGAUAAGCGCCCGCCUGGUGUCUUCGCUGCUUUGAACGAUGCCUGCGCAACGGCACACGCUGACUCUGGCGCUGCUGACCAGACCUUCGUCGGCAGACUGAACUUUCUUGGCCAGAACCCCAACUUCGAAGGCCGGCAAGGUCAAUUUAUCAUCAAGCACUAUGCGGGUGACGUUGGUUACGCGGUCGAUGGAAUGACGGACAAGAACAAGGACCAGUUGUUGAAGGACUUGCUUAACCUGGCAGGAUCGAGCAGCAACCCCUUCGUGCACACCCUCUUCCCCAACCAGGUGAACCAAGAUGACAAGCGCCGCCCGCCCACGGCAAGCGACAAGAUCAAGGCGUCUGCCAACGAUCUUGUGGCGACCCUGAUGAAGGCGCAGCCGUCUUACAUCCGUACGAUUAAACCGAACGACAACAAGGCCCCCAAGGAGUACAACCAGGGCAAUGUCCUGCAUCAGAUCAAGUACCUCGGUCUCCAGGAGAACGUACGCAUUCGCCGAGCCGGUUUCGCCUACCGUCAGACUUUUGACAAGUUCGUGGAGCGUUUCUAUCUUCUGUCGCCCAAGACUUCGUAUGCCGGUGACUACACAUGGACUGGCGAUUCGGAAUCGGGUGCGCGACAGAUCUUGAAGGAUACCAGCAUCCCGUCGGAAGAGUACCAAAUGGGUAUCUCCAAGGUCUUUGUUAAAACCCCCGAGACCCUCUUUGCUCUGGAAGCCAUGCGGGAUCGUUACUGGCACAACAUGGCGAUCCGCAUUCAACGCGCGUGGCGCAACUAUCUCCGCUACCGAAUCGAAUGCGCGAUCCGUAUCCAGCGCUUCUGGCGCCGCAUGACUGGCGGACUCGAAUUUAUCAAAAUCCGGGAUCAAGGACACCAGCUGCUCCAGGGACGCAAGGAGCGUCGGCGAAUGAGUAUCCUUGGCUCGCGGCGCUUCCUUGGUGACUACCUCGGCGUGGGGAAUAAGGGUGGCCCUGGCGAGAUGAUCCGCAAUGGUGCAGGCAUCGGCGGCUCAGAUGAGGUUCUUUUCUCUUGUCGUGGCGAGGUCUUGAUCUCCAAGUUCGGUCGGUCCAGCAAGCCGACUCCCCGGAUCUUAGUCUUGACCAGUCGACACGUUUACAUUAUUGCCCAGAGCAUCGUCAACAACCAGCUUGUCAUCUCGUCUGAACGGACGAUCCCAAUCGGGGCUAUCAAGACUGUUAGCACCUCCAACUUAAAGGAUGACUGGUUCUCGCUAGUUGUCGGUGCUCAGGAGCCCGACCCGCUCCUCACCUGUGUUUUCAAAACGGAGUUCUUUACUCACCUGAACACUGCUCUGCGCGGCUCUUUGAAUCUGAAGAUCGGAGAGAGCAUCGAGUACAACAAGAAGCCUGGCAAGCUGGCCACGGUUAAAGCCGUCAAAGACCCAGCUGCUGGGAACGUCGACAGCUACAAGAGUAGCACAAUUCACACUAGUGCUGGCGAGCCUCCCAGCUCCGUGUCGAAGCCUACCCCUCGGCCAAAGCAGGUCGCCGCCCGCCCAGUCACCAAGGGCAAGUUGCUCCGUCCUGGUGGACCCGGAGGUGGACCUUCGAAGCUGUCUUCUACGGCUCGCAAACCCCCGCCGGCAGCUCAGCCCUUGCCCCAAGCAACUCCUCGACCUGCAGCAGUUCCGCAGCCAGUUACGCAGUCACGCGUGGUUCCCCAGCCUGUCGCUGCUGCGGCAGCCGCACACACCCGUACCGAGUCUGCUAGCUCUAAGCCUACCGCGAAGGUGUUGUAUGACUUCAACAGUGAUCGUUCCAACGAGCUUUCCAUUCGCACUGGCGAGAUUGUGCAGAUUGUGUCGAAAGAAGGAAAUGGAUGGUGGUUAUGCAUGAACAUGACAACGUCCACGCAAGGCUGGACCCCCGAAGCCUACCUCGAGGAGCAAGUCGCUUCCGCCCCUAGACCCACGCCUCCUCCCCCGCCCCCAGCUGCACCCCGAGCAACCCCUAGCCCUGUCCCGAACGGCACCGGUGCAGCGACUGUGGCAGCCGCGAAGACCAAGCCGGCGCCACCAGCUCCUCCUGCGAAGCGUCCCAACAUGGCUGGACGCAAGCCCGCUCCUCCGCCCGCGCCCCGGGAUAGUGCCGUGAGCAUGAACUCGGCCGACUCCUCUGGUGCGAGCGGCCGCGGCACCCCGACCGGAGCCCCUAACGCGAGCCUCGCAGGCGGCCUGGCCGAGGCGCUGCGGGCCCGCCAAAACGCCAUGCAGGGGAAGAAACACGAUGACGAUGACGAGUGGUAG